GAGGCUAGAUCGAGGGCAAGGGCUUACCCAGAGAAAUCAACAAUGGCUGAUGAUAACAACUUUCACAAGGGAAUGAGUUUUCUACUUUUUCUCACCGUUUUAGGAUCCAACUUAAUACCAGUGUGUGGAGAAAUAUGCUCCCGGAGCAAUUUGUAUAGUUGGUCUAGUUGGUCUAGUUGGUCUGGUUGGCCUGAAACCAAAAUUUGUGACAAUGGCUGCUGUGGUUCUGAUAAGUUUCAAUGCUGUCCUGUGAACAUUCCAUUGGCUGUUGGUCUAAGCAUUGCUGCUGUUAUUACUGCUGUCAUUGUGGCCAUAAUAGUAAUUGUUUGCCGUAGAAGGCGCACAGCUGGUAUUGUUUACAGAAACCAACCUGCUCAAUCUACUGUUGUUGUUCAAAGCAACCAAACUUCACAAAGUACAAUGGCAGGAGGGGUCCAACCAGGAGCUUACCCCUAUAAUCCCCAACCAGGAGCUUACCCCUAUCCUCCCCAACCGUACAACCCCUACCCCACUCAACCAUCCGCUCCUCAGCCAUACCCUGGAUAUCCUCCGCAACCUUAUGGAGCGCAGCCCGUAGCCUACCCCCCUCCUGCACAGCCCGUAGCCUACCCCCCACCUGCAUAUGCUAAUCAGUACAACCCAGGAUAUGCCGAAGCUCCGCCACCAUAUGAUAUGAGCCAGCAGAAGAAUACUGGCAUGGUCAGCCCAAGUUAAUCAAAUAAAUGAAUUCAUCUUGUUGACUUUUUAAAAAUGUUAUAUUAAUGCACUAAUUAGUGCAUCGUUGUAAUGCUUUUUAAAAUUUUAAUGCAUCAAACACAGUAUGUUGGGUGGCAUUUUAAAUCUUUUUUUUAUAUUAUAAAAUAAAUUUAUUUAGGCCCUAAACCCCAAAUAUUAAAUUUUAUCAAGCAAACCUUCUCACUUGCUGCAUAAUACAAAAACUGCAUAAUAUGACACCUCAUAAAAAUACUAAACA